AUGUCAAUACCAUGCUUUGACGAGAACUCAGCACCAGUGAAUAACUGCACGAUUUGUAAUAAUCAAACAAGUGUUUGCAAGGAGGUGCAAGGACCAUUCUACGAAUGCAUUUGUAGAGAGGGUUACAAAAUGAAUGCUGCUGGUAGAUGCACGAGUAAGUUUGUUAAUCGGUGA